GGGACGCCACAAAAGGACGUUAUAAUAAAACCCGAUGCCCCGAGCACGUUACUUUCGGAGAAGCAUGCAGACUACAUAGCUUCGUAUGGAACAAAGAAGGACGAUUAUGAAUACUGUAUGUCGGAGUAUUUGAGGAUGAGUGGUGUUUACUGGGGGCUGACAGCAAUGGAUCUCAUGGGGCAGCUGCACCGAAUGAACAAAGAAGAAAUUCUGGCAUUCAUCAAAUCAUGUCAACAUGAGUGUGGCGGAAUAAGUGCCAGCAUAGGUCAUGAUCCGCAUCUUCUGUAUACCCUCAGUGCUGUCCAGAUUCUUAUAUUAUAUGAUAGUCUCCAUGUUGUUGAUGUAAAUAAAAUUGUAGAAUAUAUACAGAGCUUGCAAAAUGAAGAUGGAUCAUUUGCUGGAGACAAAUGGGGAGAAGUAGAUACAAGGUUCUCCUUCUGUGCUGCAGCAACUCUUGCACUUCUGGGAAAACUGGAUGCUAUUGAUGUGCAGAAAGCAGUAGAAUUUGUCUUGUCCUGUAUGAACUUUGAUGGAGGAUUUGGUUGUAGACCAGGUUCUGAGUCACACGCAGGACAGAUCUAUUGUUGCACAGGAUUUCUGGCUAUAACAGACCAGUUGCAUCAAAUAAAUGUCGACUUGCUGGGUUGGUGGCUUUGUGAACGUCAGUUACCUUCUGGAGGUCUCAACGGACGACCAGAGAAGUUACCUGAUGUAUGUUAUUCAUGGUGGGUGCUAGCAUCUUUGAAGAUGAUUGGUAGGUUACAUUGGAUUGACAGAGAGAAACUGCGCUGUUUUAUUUUGGCUUGCCAGGAUGAGGAGACUGGAGGAUUUGCAGACAGACCAGGAGAUAUGGUGGAUCCAUUUCACACCUUAUUUGGAAUUGCUGGACUAUCUUUAUUAGGAGAAGAACAAAUUAAGGCCGUCAAUCCUGUCUUUUGUAUGCCAGAAGAUGUCCUUCGAAAAAUAAAUGUACAGCCUGAGCUUGUGAACUAAGCCUCGAAGAGACAAAAGGUUGAUAUGCCCAGUUGCUUUUGUUUUACUGAUUUAAGUCAUCUUAUCUCUGAAACUGUUAGCAUAUUCUUAUUUGAGAUGCCUUUACAUUAUGAAAGUAAAGCAAUAGGUUUACUGUGGACUUUGUCACUUUGUAAACUGUAUCAGAACAGGCUGGUUCUAAGAAUCUGAGUGUAAUGUGGUCUUGGUUGUAUAUAAGAGAUGUAGAAACAUUUCUAAUCUGUAUCUAAAUAUAUG